AUGAAGGAGAAAAAUAUCGAUGCGUACAUCGUCCCAUCGGAGGAUGAGCAUGCGAGCGAGUAUCCUGCCGAUUCUGAUCUCCUGCGUGGCUACGUCACCGGCUUCAAUGGUUCGGCUGGAUGUGCCCUGAUUACCCAGAACGAAGCGCUGCUUUUUACAGACGGUCGCUACUUUUUGCAGGCCUCGCAGCAGCUUGAACCUGGUGUUUGGACGCUGAUGCGCAUGGGUGAGCCGGAUGUCCCUACUUGGCAAGAAUGGCUCACGCAAUCCCUGUCGAGCGGGGCGCGCGUCGGUGUCGACCCCAAGGUGAUUGGCGUGGAAGAGGCGCAAAAGCUGAUCGAGGACCUCCAACUCUUGGAUAUCUCCUUCGUGGCGCUGCCCGAGAACCUGGUUGCUGCGGUGUGGGAGGGCCGCCCCGAGCGUCCCCAGAAGCCUAUCACAUCGCUCCCCGACUCGCUCACUGGCAAGUCGUUUGACAAGAAGAUCCAGGAGCUGCGCAAGGAUAUGCAGCAAAGAGGAGCCUAUGGAUUUGUGGCUACGAUGCUGGACGAAGUUGCAUGGCUUUUCAACCUGCGCGGCACCGACGUGCCGUACAACCCCGUGUUCUUCACCUUUGCUAUUGUAACGCUCGACCGUACCGUACUCUAUGUGAACGAAGCUCAGCUCACUGACGAUGUUCGCCAGCAUCUCGGUACGAGUGUCGUACUCCGCCCCUAUGGCGAGUUUUACAACGACUUGCGUGCGAUGGAACAACAGCUGCAGCCUGGCCAGAAGCUCUUAAUUGGCAAGCGUGCAUCUUACGCUGUGUUCCAGGCGCUUGGUACGGAACGUACGCUCGUUGACCGCUCGCUGGUGGUCGACAGCAAGAGUGUGAAGAACGUGGUCGAGCUGGACGGUUUCCGGGAGGCGCACCUUCGUGAUGGCGCUGCGCUCGCGUCCUACUUUGCCUGGCUCGAGGAGGCACUUGCCAAUGGCGAAAAGGUGUCAGAGACCGAGGGAGCCAACAAGCUUACCGAAUUCCGUCAGAAGCAGGAGGACUUCCAGGGCCUUAGCUUCACCACCAUCUCGUCCACUGGCCCGAAUGGUGCCAUUAUUCAUUACUCGCCACCCGAAGAGGGCAGCCCCUACAUUGAGCGCGAUGCGUUGUAUUUGUGCGACAGUGGUGCUCACUUCCCCUUUGGUACCACGGAUGUUACGCGUACGCUGCACUUUGGCACCCCCACUAGCUAUCAGCGCCGCUGCUUCACCCGUGUGCUCCAGGGACACAUUGCGAUCGAUCGCUUGAUUUUCCCGUACAACACGACGGGCUAUGUGAUCGAUGCCCUGGCGCGUGCGCCGGCUUGGCGCGACCAUCUCGAGUACCGUCACGGUACUGGCCACGGCGUUGGCCACUUUUUGAAUGUACACGAACCUCCGAUGGGCAUCGGCACGCGUCUCACGUUUAAUGACACGGGUCUCAAGCCCGGUAUGGUAAUCAGCAAUGAGCCAGGCUACUACCUCGAUGGUGAAUGGGGUAUUCGUAUUGAAAACUUGGUUAUUGUCCAGCCGCACCUGCUUCCGUCGGGUGUGUCGGAGCCGCCGACGAGCAAAGGAUUCCUUCGUUUCGAGCACAUCACCAUGUGCCCGAUCCAAACCUCGCUCAUUGAUGCGAGCCUGCUUACGAGUGACGAGCGCGCUUGGGUCAACUCGUACCACGAUGAGGUGCUCACCAAGCUCCGCCCUAUCCUUGAGAAGCAGGGCGACGCUCGCGCGCUCAAGUGGCUCGAAAAAGAAUGCACCGCGCGUGUGUAA